AUGAUAAUUAAUCCUACUACUUCUGGUUCUGGGGUUUCCACGCUUGAAAAAAACCUGGGGCGUAUCAUCCAAAUCAUUGGUCCGGUACUAGAUGUAGCUUUUCCGCCAGGCCAGAUGCCUAAUAUUUAUAAUGCUCUGGUAGUUAAAGGCCGAGAUACUGUUGGUCAAACAAUUAAUGUCACUUGUGAGGUACAGCAAUUAUUAGGAAAUAAUCGAGUUAGAGCUGUAGCUAUGAGUGCUACAGAUGGUCUGAUGAGAGGAAUGGAAGUGAUUGAUACGGGAGCUCCUCUAAGUGUUCCGGUCGGUGGAGCGACUCUAGGACGAAUUUUUAAUGUGCUUGGAGAGCCUGUUGAUAAUUUAGGUCCUGUAGAUACUCGUACAACAUUUCCUAUUCAUCGAUCCGCGCCUGCCUUUAUACAGUUAGAUACAAAAUUAUCUAUUUUUGAAACAGGAAUUAAAGUAGUAGAUCUUUUAGCACCUUAUCGCCGCGGGGAAAAAUCGGACUAUUUGGGAGCUGGGGUUGGUAAAACGGUACUCAUUAUGGAAUUAAUUAACAAUAUUGCCAAAGCCCAUGGGGGCGUAUCCGUAUUUGGCGGAGUGGGUGAACGUACUCGUGAAGGAAAUGAUCUUUACAUGGAAAUGAAAGAAUCUGGAGUGAUUAAUGAAGAAAAUAUUGCAGAAUCGAAAGUGGCUUUAGUUUAUGGCCAGAUGAAUGAACCGCCAGGAGCUCGUAUGAGAGUUGGUUUGACUGCCCUAACAAUGGCGGAAUAUUUCCGAGAUGUUAAUGAACAAGAUGUACUUCUAUUUAUCGACAAUAUCUUCCGUUUCGUUCAAGCAGGAUCCGAAGUAUCGGCCUUAUUGGGUAGAAUGCCUUCCGCUGUCGGUUAUCAACCCACCCUGAGUACCGAAAUGGGCUCUUUACAAGAAAGAAUUACUUCUACCAAAGAAGGGUCCAUAACUUCUAUUCAAGCGGUUUAUGUACCUGCAGACGAUUUGACCGAUCCUGCCCCUGCUACGACAUUUGCACAUUUAGAUGCUACUACCGUACUAUCAAGAGGAUUAGCUGCCAAAGGGAUCUAUCCAGCAGUAGAUCCUUUAGAUUCAACCUCAACCAUGCUUCAACCUCGGAUCGUUGGCGAGGAACAUUAUGAAACUGCGCAAAGAGUUAAGCAAACUUUACAACGUUAUAAAGAACUUCAGGACAUUAUAGCUAUCCUUGGGUUGGACGAAUUAUCCGAAGAGGAUCGUUUAACCGUAGCAAGAGCGCGAAAAAUUGAGCGUUUCUUAUCACAACUUUUUGUAGCCGAAGUAUUUACCGGUUCUCCAGGGAAAUAUGUUGGUCUAGCAGAAACCAUUAAAGGGUUUCAAUUGAUCCUUUCCGGGGAAUUAGAUGGUCUUCCUGAGCAGGCCUUUUAUUUAGUAGGUAAUAUCGAUGAAGCUACCGCGAAGGCUAUGAACUUAGAAAUGGAGAAAGUGAAAGAAAUCAUUUUAUCUACAAAUAGUGGUCAAAUUGGCGUAUUACCAAAUCAUGCUCCUAUUGCUACAGCAGUAGAUAUAGGGAUUUUGAGAAUACGCCUGAAGGACCAAUGGUUAACGAUGGCUCUGAUGGGCGGUUUUGCUAGAAUAGGCAAUAAUGAGAUCACUGUUUUAGUAAAUGAUGCGGAAAAGGGUAGUGAUAUUGAUCCACAAGAAGCUCAGCAAACUCUUGAAAUAGCAGAAGCUAAUUUGAGAAAAGCUGAAGGAAAGAGACAAAUAAUUGAGGCAAAUCUAGCUCUCCGGCGAGCUAGGACAAGAGUCGAGGCUGUCAAUGCAAUUUCAUAA